AUGGGACUCCCCACCCGGGUUUUGGCCUGUGUGAUCUUAGCUUUGCUAUACCAGUAUGUCAAUGGUGGACUCAUCAAGCGAAUUAUCCGGGAGAAGCAGGAGCCUCGACUCAAGCGACUUAUCCAGCAGAAGCAGGAGACUGGACUCAACGUGACCUUGCCAGAGGAUAAUCAGCCUGUGGUUUUUAACCACGUCUACAACAUUAAGUUGCCUGUUGGCUCCCUUUGCUCGGUGGACCUGGAUACAGCGAGUGGUGACGCAGAUCUGAAGACGGAAAUUGAGCCCGUCAAGAAUUACGAGGAGCACACGCUGAACGAGGAGAACCAGAUUGUCUUCACGCACCGUAUUAACAUUCCCCGCCGGGCUUGUGGCUGUGCAGCUGCCCCAGACAUUAAGGAUCUGCUGAGCAGACUAGAGGAACUGGAAGGGCUGGUAUCCUCCCUACGGGAGCAGUGUGCCAGCGGGGCUGGAUGCUGUCCUAAUUCCCAGGCAGUAGAAGGUCGCCUGGACACAACACCCUAUUGCAGUGGACACGGCAACUACAGCAUCGAGAUCUGUGGCUGCGUUUGCGAGCGUGGCUGGAAAGGCCCCAACUGCUCUGAACCCGACUGCCCCCACAACUGCUUCGGCAGGGGCCUCUGCGUCCAGGGCAAAUGCAUCUGCAGUGAAGGCUUCGCUGGUGAGGACUGCAGCCAGGCCACCUGCCCGUCUGACUGUAACGACCAAGGCAAGUGCUUGGAUGGGGUUUGCGUGUGCUUUGAGGGGUACACCGGCACAGACUGCAGCGAAGAGCUCUGCUCCCAGGGGUGCAGUGUGCAUGGGAGGUGCGUGAGCGGGCAGUGCGUGUGCCACGAGGGCUUCACUGGUGACGACUGCAGCGAGCCCCUCUGCCCCAACAACUGCCACAACCGCGGGCGCUGUGUGGACAACGAGUGCGUCUGCGACGAGGGCUACACCGGCGAGGACUGCAGCGAGCUCAUCUGCCCCAACGACUGCUUCGACCGCGGGCGCUGCGUCAACGGGACCUGCUUCUGCGAGGAGGGCUUCACCGGGGAGGACUGCGGGGAGCUGACCUGCCCCAACAACUGCAACGGCAACGGGCGCUGCGAGAACGGGCUGUGUGUCUGCUACGAGGGUUUCGUGGGGGAUGACUGCAGCGAGAAGAGGUGCCCAAAGGACUGCCACAACCGCGGGCGCUGCGUGGGCGGGCGCUGCAUCUGCCACGAGGGGUACCAGGGCCACGAAGAGCUCUGCUCCCAGGGGUGCAGUGUGCAUGGGAGGUGCGUGAGCGGGCAGUGCGUGUGCCACGAAGGAUUCAUCGGGGAGGACUGCAGGGAGCUGCGGUGCCCCAACGACUGUCACAACCGUGGGCGCUGUGUCAACGGGCAGUGCGUGUGCCAUGAGGGAUUCACCGGGGUAGACUGUGGCGAGCUGCGGUGUCCCAACAAUUGCAACAACCAUGGACUGUGCGUCAAUGGGCAGUGCGUGUGUGACGAGGGGUACACAGGGGAGGACUGUGGGGAACUGCGGUGCCCCGAAGACUGCCACAACCGUGGGCGCUGUGUGGAGGGACGCUGUGAGUGUGACAAUGGCUUCACGGGGGAGGACUGCGGCAAGCUGUCCUGCCCCAACGACUGCCACCGGCGUGGGCGCUGCGUCGAUGGGCGCUGCGUGUGCCAUGAGGGCUUCAUGGGCGAGGACUGCCGUGAACGGUCCUGCCCCAACGACUGCAACAACGUGGGUCGCUGCAUCGAUGGACGGUGCGUCUGUGAGGAUGGUUACAUGGGGGAUGACUGCUCCGAUGUGUCUCCUCCAACUGAGCUGACUGUGACAAACGUAACGGAUAAAACCGUAAAUCUGGAAUGGAAGCAUGAGAACCUCGUCAAUGAGUACCUCAUCACCUAUGUCCCUACCAGCAGUGGUGGCUUAGAUAUGCAGUUCACUGUGCCAGGAAACCAGACAGUUGCCACUAUUCAUGAACUGGAGCCGGGCGUAGAAUACUUUAUCCGUGUCUUUGCAAUCCUUAAAAACAAGAGAAGUAUUCCAGUCAGUGCCAGGGUAGCAACAUAUCUGCCUGCUCCAGAAGGUCUGAAAUUCAAAUCUGUUAGAGAAACGUCUGUCCAGGUGGAGUGGGAUCCUCUGAAUUUUUCAUUUGAUGGCUGGGAGCUGGUCUUCCGUAAUAUGAAAAAGGAUGAUAAUGGAGAUAUAACCAGCAGCUUGAAAAGACCGGAGACAUCUUAUAUGCAGCCGGGUUUGGCACCAGGGCAACAGUAUAAUGUAUCCCUUCAUAUAGUGAAAAACAAUACCAGGGGACCAGGACUAUCCAGAGUGAUAACCACAAAGCUUGAUGCCCCUAGCCAGAUUGAGGCAAGAGAUGUCACAGACACCACAGCUCUUAUCACAUGGUCCAAACCCUUGGCUGAAAUUGAAGGCAUCGAGCUCACUUAUGGCCCCAAGGAUGUUCCAGGGGACAGGACAACCAUUGACCUCUCUGAAGAUGAAAACCAAUAUUCUAUUGGAAACCUGAGGCCACACACAGAGUAUGAAGUGACGCUCAUCUCUCGUCGAGGGGACAUGGAAAGCGACCCCAUGAAAGAAGUCUUUGUCACAGAUUUGGAUGCUCCAAGAAACCUGAAGCGGGUGUCACAGACAGACAAUAGCAUUACUUUGGAGUGGAAGAACAGCCAUGCAAAUAUUGAUAACUAUCGAAUUAAGUUUGCUCCCAUCUCUGGUGGAGACCAUGCUGAGAUCACAGUGCCAAAGGGCAACCAAGCAACAACCAGAGCUACACUGACAGGUUUGAGGCCUGGAACUGAAUAUGGCAUUGGAGUGACAGCAGUGAGACAGGACAGGGAAAGUGCUCCUGCUACCAUUAAUGCUGGCACUGAUCUUGAUAACCCCAAGGACUUGGAAGUCAGUGACCCUACUGAAACCACCUUAUCCCUUCGCUGGAGAAGACCAGUGGCCAAGUUUGAUCGUUAUCGCCUGAUUUAUGUUAGCCCCUCUGGAAGGAAGAACGAAGUGGAGAUCCCUGUGGACAGCACCUCUUUUAUCCUGCGAGGACUGGAUGCAGGGACAGAAUACACCAUUAGUCUGGUGGCGGAGAAAGGCAGACACAAAAGCAAACCCACAACUGUCAAGGGUUCGACUGAGGAGGAACCUGAGCUUGGAAAAUUAUCGGUAUCAGAGACUGGCUGGGAUGGUUUCCAGCUCACCUGGACAGCAGCCGACGGGGCCUAUGAGAACUUUAUCAUUCAGGUGCAGGAGUCUGACAAUCCUGAAGAAACCUGGAAUAUCACAGUCCCAGGCGGACUGCGCUUUAUGAAUGUUACAGGCCUCAAGGCCAACACACCUUAUAGCGUCACACUUCAUGGUGUGAUUCAAGGCUACAGGACCAAACCCCUUUCUGUUGAAACCAUGACAGGAGUGCAUCCUGAAGUUGGUGAGCUAACCGUUUCCGACAUUGCUCCUGAAAGCUUCAACCUUUCUUGGACAACCGCCAACGGGGACUUUGACAUCUUUACUAUUGAAAUUAUUGAUUCUAACAGGUUGCUGGAGCCCAUGGAGUUCAACAUCUCAGGCAAUUCAAGAACUGCGCAUAUCUCAGGGCUUUCCCCCAGCACUGAUUUUAUUGUCUACCUCUAUGGGAUCUCUCAUGGUUUCCGCACACAGGCAAUAAGUGCUGCAGCUACAACAGAAGCAGAACCCGAGGUCGACAACCUUCUGGUUUCAGAUGCUACUCCAGAUGGCUUCCGUCUGUCCUGGACUGCAGAUGAUGGGGUUUUCGACAGUUUUGUGCUAAAAAUCAGGGAUACGAAAAGGAAAUCUGAUCCACUGGAACUAAUAGUACCAGGCCAUGAGCGCACCCAGGAUAUAACAGGGCUGAAAGAGGGUACUGAAUAUGAAAUUGAGCUCUAUGGCGUUAGCAGUGGACGGCGUUCGCAACCCGUAAAUGCAGUAGCAACCACAGUUGUUGGAUCUCCCAAGGGAAUUUCUUUCUCCGACAUCACGGAAAACUCUGCUAUAGUGAGCUGGACACCCCCUCGCACCCGCGUGGAGAGCUACCGGAUCUCCUACCUCCCUGUCACUGGAGGUACUCCAAAUGUUGUUACAGUCGAUGGAAGCCAGACAAGGACCAAGUUGGUGAAGUUAGUCCCAGGUGUAGACUACUAUGUUAGUAUCAUCUCUGUGAAAGGCUUUGAAGAAAGUGAACCUGUCUCUGGCACUCUGAAAACAGCUCUGGACAGCCCGUCAGGCCUCAUAGUGGUGAACAUCACAGACUCUGAUGCUCUGGCAACCUGGCAGCCAGCAAUUGCUGCUGUGGAUAAUUAUGUUGUCUCCUAUGCUUCUGAGGAUGAACCAGAAGUUACUCAGAUGGUAUCAGGAAACACUGUGGAAUAUGACCUGAAGGGCCUUCGACCUGCAACUGAGUAUACACUGAGUGUCCAUGCGCUGAAGGGCCCGCAGAAGAGUGAGACCCUCUCCACCCAGUUUACUACAGGACUUGACUCUCCAAGAGACUUAAGUGCCACUGAGGUUCAGUCAGAAACAGCUGUGAUAACCUGGAGGCCUCCACGUGCUCCUGUCACUGGUUAUCUCCUGAUCUACGAGUCCAUUGAUGGCAGAGUCAAGGAAGUCAUCCUAAACCCCGAGACAACUUCCUACAGCCUGACAGAGCUGAGCCCAUCUACUCAGUACACGGUGAAACUCCAUGCGCUGAACAGAUCACUGAAGAGCAAAACAAUCCAGACUGUUUUCACCACAACUGGUCUUCUCUAUCCUUACCCUAAAGACUGCUCCCAGGCUCUCCUUAAUGGAGAAACCACCUCUGGGCUCUACACAAUUUACCUGAAUGGGGACAAGGCUCAGCCUCUGCAAGUCUUCUGCGACAUGGGCGAGGACGGGGGCGGAUGGAUUGUGUUCCUGCGGCGUCAAAACGGGAAGGAAGAUUUCUACAAGAACUGGAAGGCUUACGUGGCUGGUUUUGGAGAUCUUAAGGAUGAAUUCUGGAUAGGGCUGGAGAACCUUCACAAAAUCACUUCUCAGGGUCAGUACGAGCUGCGUGUGGAUCUGCAGGACAAAGGGGAGACAGCUUAUGCUGUCUACGACAGGUUCAGCGUUGGAGACGCAAAGAGCAGAUACCGGCUAAGAGUGGACGGGUACAGUGGCACAGCAGGCGACUCCAUGACGUACCAUAACGGAAGGUCCUUCUCCACCUUUGACAAGGACAACGAUUCUGCCAUCACCAACUGUGCUUUGUCAUACAAGGGUGCAUUCUGGUACAAGAAUUGUCACCGGGUCAAUCUGAUGGGCAGAUAUGGUGACAACAGCCACAGUCAGGGUGUUAACUGGUUCCACUGGAAGGGCCAUGAAUAUUCCAUCCAGUUUGCAGAGAUGAAGCUGAGACCCUCCAGCUUCCAAAAUCUGGAAGGAAGACGAAAGCGAGCGUAA